GUUGUGGUUGCUUCCGUCGCUGUGUACACAAUAACUAUUAGCUGCUAGGACUAGCUAGUCACACGGAGGUCUUACUUAUAUGCGUACAAAUAGGCUCAUAGUCCUUCUGUAAAACAGAUAAUUGGAGUGUAACACAAAGUCUUAAUCGUGUGGCAUUUGGUGUUUCAUUUGUUUCAAAGACCAAACCUUGGAAAUCAUGCCUCUUUUUGGAAACACAUUUAGCCCUAAGAAGACACCCCCUCGCAAAUCAGCGUCGUUGUCCAACCUACAUACGCUGGACAGGUCUACGAGGGAAAUAGAAUUAGGUCUGGAAUAUGGUGCCCCGGUAAUGAAUAUUGGAGGCCAGAGUUUGAAAUUUGAAGAGGGUCAGUGGAUUACAGAAUCGGGAGGCAAUGUUUCAGGAAAGGAGGUGCAGAGGCUGAAGAAAAGGAACCAGCAGCUAGAAGAGGAGAACAAUCUAUUGAAAUUAAAAGUUGACCUUCUGCUCGACAUGUUGUCUGAAACCACAGCUGAGACUCACCUCAUUCAGAAGGAGCUUGAGGAAGUGAAGAACCACGCCCGGAGGAAAAAGUAAUCUGAAAGAGUCCAAAUGAUUUUACCAGAUUACUGGGUUGGUUUGUUAAAUAUGUAUGUUUAAUCAAUAUGUAAAGAAUUGUUUACAUUUUGUAAAAAAAAAUCAAGAAUGAUUGAGAUGAUAGUUGCAGAUGCAGAAUAUUGUUUUGUGUUUUAUUAUUUGUUUGUUUUUUAUACAAUUUUCUACAAUAUUUUUGAUGUUCAUUUACAUAAGUGUGAGUCACACAAUUACAUUUAUUUUUUAAAGGCUUUCCCCCUUUUCUGGCAUUUUAUGAACAUGUAACAUAAUUUAAUAUAUACCAUUACACAUUUCUGUAAUACCAAUUUUAUAUGGUGAGUAAUGAAAUAAGUAGCCUACAGUACAGGCAAGAAUUUCUUGUAAAAAAUGUUCUAAUGUUUAAUGGGCAAACAAUAAUGGUGUAUUUGUAAAGAACUGUUGUGUUAUACUGUGUUUUUGACACAGAGAACAAUGGAUGUGUAAAGAAAGGCAUGGGCUGUAUUUAAUUCACAGGAGUCCUGGACUGUAUAGUCCCUACACUCUGUAUAGUCCCUGCACUCUGUUAGCCUACAUGGACAGCUAAGGUGUGGUAAUUUCAUCGUUUUAUUAAGUAAGAGCAUAUAUUUCUGUCUUCUUAAAUGAUCGUAGUUUAAUUAGCAUAGUCUUCGUGAUAACAUGUAUUCACAUGAUAAUUACACACUAUCACCGCCCAUAUAGUUUCAGCAUCAGAUUAGGUCUCUGUAUAUCAGGAAGUGUUGCUUGUAAUCCUAGAGACCCUCGUAACAGUAAACAAUCGGGUUCAUUAUGUGGAAAGGGCUUACAAAGGGGUUUCAUGUGCUUGAAAAUGUACACACAGAUUUACAUGGAUUUCUGCAUGUGGUUGGAGACACGUACUACACCAGGGGAUUGCAUAACACAAUGAAUCCUGUAUGCAGGCCUGUGCACGUGGGGCAUCUUGUCCCGUUAACCCCUCUCGCUGGGGCAAAUGGUGAGGGAGGUGGUACACCUUUGUCUCACCUCUUGGCAAUAUGUGGAACUGAAUGCUGUUUCAGAGGAAACAUAUUUCAGUAGCUUAUGCAGUACUUUAAAUCACGUCAAGUUUUUUUAUGACCAACUACGUGCUGAUAAUUGUUGAACCAGUGCAGAAAUUAGUUUAAGAGGCGAAAUAAAUACAGCAUUCAGGUUUGCAGCUGUAUCGGGUGUGUAUAGUUACAAACGUCUUAUUUGUUUUGCCCAUAUACAUGUAGAAUCGAUCAAUGACGUGAAGUUCAUAAGGAAUUAAAGUAUACAUAAAACAAA